AUGAAGAAGACGACGACUCAAUUCCUCCUCUUCUUCUUCCUCCUCAAUCUCUCCCACUCUCUCUCGAUCUCUUCUCAUGGCGUUCUCUCCGACAACGAAGUGCGUCACAUUCAACGCCGUCAGCUACUAGAAUUCGCCGAACGCAGCGUGAAUGUCACCGUCGAUCCUUCUCUGGUAUUCGAAAACCUUAGAUUACGUAAUGCUUACAUAGCUCUUCAGGCUUGGAAACAAGCAAUCCUCUCCGAUCCUUACAAUUUCACCGCGAAUUGGAUCGGAUCCAAUGUCUGUAACUACACCGGCGUAUUCUGCUCUCCGGCGCUCGAUAACCGGAGGAUCCGCACCGUCGCCGGAAUCGAUCUCAAUCACGCCGAUAUCGCCGGGUACUUACCUGAAGAGCUUGGUUUGUUAUCAGAUCUCGCUUUGUUUCAUAUAAACUCUAACCGGUUUUGUGGUAUGGUACCGCACCGGUUUAAUCGGCUGAAGCUUUUGUUCGAGCUCGAUCUCAGUAACAACCGGUUCGCCGGGAAAUUUCCGGCGGUUGUUCUCCAGUUACCGUCGUUGAAGUUUUUAGAUCUCCGGUUUAACGAGUUUGAAGGAACUGUACCGAAAGAGCUCUUCAGUAAAGAUCUUGACGCGAUUUUCAUAAACCAUAACCGGUUCCGGUUUGAAUUACCAAAGAAUUUUGGAGAUUCGCCGGUUUCCGUCAUCGUCCUCGCGGAUAAUCAGUUCCACGGUUGCAUCCCGUCGAGUAUGGUGGAAAUGAAGAACUUGAACGAGAUCAUCUUCAUAAACAAUGGGCUUAAUUCUUGCUUACCGGCGGAUAUCGGACGUUUAAAAAACGUGACGGUGUUUGACGUCAGCUUUAAUGAGCUCGUGGGGCCGUUGCCGGAGAGCGUCGGAGAGAUGGUUUCGGUGGAGCAGCUUAAUGUGGCGCAUAAUAAGUUAUCCGGGAAGAUUCCGGCUAGUAUUUGCCAGUUGCCGAAGCUUGAGAACUUUACGUAUAGUUACAAUUUCUUCACCGGUGAAGCGCCUGUGUGUCUUAGAUUGCCGGAGUUUGAUGAUCGAAGAAAUUGUUUGCCGGGAAGACCUGCUCAGAGGUCGCCUGGGCAAUGUAAUGCUUUCUUGUCUCGUCCGCCGGUAAAUUGUGGAUCGUUUGGUUGUGGUCGUUCUGUUACGCCUCGUCCUCCGAUUGUAACGCCGUUACCACCACCUUCUCUGCCAACUCCACCCCCACCCUCGCCAAUAUUCUCUACACCUCCGGUUUAUUCUCCACCUCCACCGGUUAACUCUCCACCACCACCGCCUAUUUAUUCUCCACCACCACCCCCACCUCCUCCGCCGUCAUCACCACCUCCUCCGAUUUAUUCUUCUCCUCCACCUCCACCUCCACCACCCCCACCUCCUCCGCCGUCAUCACCACCUCCUCCGGUUUAUUCUUCUCCUCCACCACCUCCUCCUCCUCCGCCGUCAUCACCACCUCCUCCGGUUUAUUCUCCUCCACCACCACCGCCUAUUUAUUCUCCACCACCACCCCCACCUCUUCCGCCGUCAUCACCACCUCCUCCGAUUUAUUCUUCUCCUCCACCUCCACCUCCACCACCCCCACCUCCUCCGCCGUCAUCACCACCUCCUCCGGUUUAUUCUUCUCCUCCACCACCUCCUCCUCCUCCGCCGUCAUCACCACCUCCUCCGGUUUAUUCUCCUCCACCACCACCAUCUCCGCCUCCACCAGUAUAUUCUCCUCCUCCACCACCACCGUCCCCACCUCCGCCUGUAUACUCAUCUCCGCCGCCGCCAGUUUACUCUUCUCCACCACCAUCUCCGGUUUACUGCACCCGUCCACCACCACCAGCUCCGGUUUACUGCACCCGUCCACCACCACCACCACCACCAUCUCACUCGCCGCCACCACCGCCUCUGUUUUCUCCCCCAUUUCCUGUCCCUUACUACUACAACUCACCACCACCACCGCAUUAUUCACCACCACAUCAUUCACCACCACCACCACCACCACAUCAUUCACCACCGCCGCCACCCCAUUCACCUCCACCACCAAUAUAUCCCUACUUGUCUCCACCACCUCCACCUCCUCGUGUAUACUCUCCACCACCCCCACCGAUCUAUUCCCCUCAUCCCCCACCUCCUUGUAUCGAACCACCACCUCCACCGUGCAUAGAAUACUCACCACCUCCUCCACCGGUUGUCCAUUAUAGCUCACCACCUCCUCCACCGGUCGCCCAUUAUAGCUCACCACCUCCUCCACCAGUCCAUUACAGCUCUCCGCCACCACCGCAAGUCUAUUACAAUUCAUCGCCUCCACCACCGGUUCAUUACAGCUCUCCGCCGCCGCCGCCACCCUCAGCUCCAUGUAAAGAAUCGCCUCCACCAGCACCGGUGGUUCACCAUAGCCCACCACCGCCGGUUAUCUACAAGAGCCCCCCACCGCCGAUGGUUUACAACAGCCCCCCACCGCCAUCUCCUGAAUAUGAAGGACCUUUACCACCGGUCUUCGGAGUAUCAUAUGCUUCGCCUCCACCACCGCCGUUCUAUUGA